CGUGCUGCAGCUCCGCGUGCGCCUGUGUGUCCCAGCUCCGCGCACCAUGGCCCUGCUGCAACCCUCCCGGCUCCUGGGCGCCGCGACAUCGCGCCGCGCCUGCCUCGCCCCCACUGCCGCCAGAGCCAGCUCCUGGUGGUCUCAUGUAGAGAUGGGACCCCCUGAUCCUAUUCUGGGGGUGACAGAAGCUUUCAAGCGUGACACCAACGCUAAGAAGAUGAACCUGGGUGUUGGAGCCUACCGGGAUGAUAACGGGAAGCCCUACGUCUUGAACUGCAUCCGCAAAGCAGAGGCCCAGAUCGCUGCUAAGAAGAUGGACAAAGAAUACUUGCCGAUUGCAGGGUUGGCAGAGUUCAAUAAGGCAUCAGCAGAGCUGGCACUGGGUGAAACCAGUGAAGUUAUCCAGAAUGGCCGGUAUGUCACUGUGCAGAGUAUUUCUGGGACUGGGUCUCUGAGAAUUGGAGCCAAUUUCCUGCAACGAUUCUUCAAGUCUAGCCAUGAUGUGUACCUGCCCAAACCGUCCUGGGGAAACCACACCCCCAUUUUCAGAGAUGCAGGCUUGCAGCUGCAGGCCUAUCGCUACUAUGAUCCCAAGACCUGCGGCUUUGACUUCUCUGGAGCCUUGGAUGACAUUUCUAAAAUUCCUGAGAAGAGCAUCAUCCUCUUUCAUGCCUGUGCUCACAACCCCACGGGUGUGGACCCAAGACCAGAGCAAUGGAAAGAGCUGGCCUCUGUGGUAAAGAAAAGGAAUCUCUUUGUGUUCUUCGACAUGGCAUACCAGGGCUUCGCCAGUGGGGACAUCAACAGGGAUGCCUGGGCUGUGCGUCACUUCAUUGAGCAAGGCAUUAACAUUGUGCUGUCCCAGUCCUAUGCCAAGAACAUGGGCCUAUAUGGGGAACGUGUGGGUGCUUUCACCGUCAUCUGCAGUGAUGCAGAGGAAGCCAAAAGGGUGGAGUCCCAGCUGAAGAUCCUGAUCCGUCCCAUGUACUCGAACCCACCCAUCAAUGGAGCCCGGAUUGCCUCCACCAUCCUAAACAGCCCUGACCUGCGAAAGGAAUGGCUGGGAGAGGUGAAGGGGAUGGCUGACCGGAUCAUUGGCAUGCGCACCCAGCUGGUGUCCAACCUCAAGAAAGAGGGCUCCUCCUCCAACUGGCAGCACAUCACUGACCAGAUUGGCAUGUUCUGCUUCACAGGGCUGAAACCGGAGCAGGUGGAGCGACUGACUAAGGAGUUCUCUAUCUACAUGACUAAAGACGGCCGCAUCUCCGUAGCGGGGGUCACAUCAGGCAAUGUGGGUUACCUGGCUCAUGCUAUCUACCAAGUCACCAAGUAAAUGCAGCAGAGCAGCUGGCCUUCCCCUUGGCAGUCCCUGGCCUCUGAUUCCAGAGGAUAGAGAAAGUGAAGGGCAUUUAGGGGGGCAAGCAGAUGGCUUUCAACCACAGCACUUAACUCAGUCAUUGAAUGUAUCUUGUAGGCAAGGCAGUGGCUAGAGGCUUUGACACAUGUAACCAAAGCCACUUGCAUGCCUCAGGCUGGCUUCCUCUCUUCCCUUCAAAAGCAUCCUAUCAUGAAUUGCCUCCUGACCCUACAUGGAAGUUUUUCAGACUUGAAGUGAGCAUCUUGGCAGGAUUUCUUCAAACAUUUACAUCACUAGUGUUUGAGUAGCACAAGCACUGAGUGCUCUCUCCCUUACCUGAGAAUGUUUCUUGAAACAGUUACUCACUUAAAACAAGCUAGAGCAGAAGUCAGGCCCCUUCCUUUUCAACUCUGCUCUUUGUGCUGACACAAGUCCAUACAGUUGUAGUUUUCUGGGUUUUAUUCUGAUCAGCUCCUCAGGACAUCCUGGUGUCUAAAUCUGAUGGUACCACUUCUCCAUUCCUGUUUGCUUCAUUGCUGCCCCUCCUACCACUUUCCUCAAAUGUCCCUGAAAUUGAGGUUCUGCUCUGAAAAGGGCUGGUCACUAG